CAUUCAAUACCUGACCAGUACGGAAGGCGAGAUGAUUAUACGUCACCGGACCACUAUAGGUCCAAUGAUUAUAUUUCACGAGAUCGAUAUAGGCAAGAUUCACAUGCUUCAUCGGACCGUUACAUGUCAGAUGAUUAUAAUUCACCGGACUGUUACAGGCAAGAUGCACAUACUUCAAGAGAUUAUUAUAGGCGAGAUGCACGUACUUCACAGGGUCGUUACAGGUCAGCUGAUUAUAUUUCACAGGAUCGUUAUGGGCAAGAUGAUUAUAACUCACAGGCUCGUCAUUAUGCAGAUACACAUACUUCACCAAACUACUAUAUGGGAAAUGCACGUACUUCACGGGAUCAUUAUAGGUCAUCUGGUUAUAAUUCACAGGAUCAUUAUAAUGAACAUGCACAUGCUUCACCAGUCCAUUAUAGGCCACAUGCACACACAGACCGUUAUAGGCCACAUGCACAUGCUUCACAAGAUCAUUAUAGGUCAGAGGAUCAUUAUAGGCCAGAUGGUUAUAAUUCACAAGAUCGUUAUGAAAGGCCAGGUAGACCAGAUAAUCCCGAAGAUGUUUCUAGUAAUACCAGAAGAUUUAUUGGAAGGCAAGUAUUUGAAAGUAAUCAUAACCUGCAACACCAGAAUCCACGAGAUCAUCAUCAUGAGAAAGAGCAUCAAGUUGGGAGUGAUCGUUCAGUUCAGUACAGAACUCACAUGCUUAGUGAUAAAAAAUGGAAAGAAGUUGAUGAAAAUGACGAAAUUGAGGAAGUUGCCCGUUUAAUUGCUGCAGUUUAUGAAAAAGCUUCAGGUUCUGAGAAUCUUCGUACUGCAGUAGCUGCUUCAUCAUUGUAUAAAGUAGAUUCAUCGCUAAGCCCUCCAGAAUUAUCUGGUCAGGAAAUUCAAAGAAAAGAAGUUGAUUUGUUUCUUGCAAAAGCAAUAAAACGUGCUCAAGAGAUUGGGCCAGUGCCAAUACAAGAUAUAAAGCCUCAGCCGUUCAUGCACAUUUGGGAUUGUGGAGGGCAGGCAGUGUUUUUGGAGAUUCUUUCAGCUUUUCUUACACCACGCACACUAUUUUUUCUCAUAUUUAAUGCAGCUAAGGGUUUAGAUGAGAAAUGGGAAAAUAUUCUCAAUACAAAAGGAAAUCUGGUGUGCGAUAAUUUAGAAAACAUGUCCACUAAGGAUCUGCUAUUUAAUUGGAUGACAAAUAUUCAUCUUCACUUGGAUCGAGAUGAAAGAGGAGCCUUUCUCAGUUAUCCUCGUAUUUAUUGCAUUGGUACACAUGGCGACCAGAUAGUUGAUGAUAAGCAGAGAGCUGCUGCUAUUGAAAGGAUGAAGGGCACUUACAAAGGUAAAGCCUGUGCUUACCUUAUAAAAAAGGUGCUUAUUGUUGAUAACACAACUGCUGGAAGCCGUAAUGAAGAUCAGAAUUUUUCAACCAUUCGCAAAGAAGUUAAUGACUUCACCUCCAACAAGCUGAUUGUCAAGACGCUAGUGAGCUGGGUGCUGUUUCGUAAAGUCAUCAAAAUGCUUGACAAGAAGGUUAUUAGUUUAAAAGAAGCUCAUGAAAUUGGUUUAGCAUGUAAGAUUCCUCUCAAUGAUGUUCCUAAAGUUCUUCGUUUCUAUCAUGAUCUUGGAGUUCUCCUUUACUAUUCAUUCAUCAAAGGUCUUCAGGAUACAGUUAUCAUAAACCCUCAGUGGUUUGUUGAUACUCUUGGAAAAGUUUUUACACUUGAGGGCAGAGAAAACCAAGAUGCAACAGAAGCUAUGUGGAGCUUAUUACGUGAGAAAGGUAUUCUUGUUGAGCCUUUGUAUCAAGAGGUUUGGAAAAAUUGUACAGAAAUUAAAGCUGAUGACUUGAUGGAGCUAUUAGUUCAUUUUCGUCUUGCAGCUGAAGUUAAAACAGAUGAGUUUUACAUUGAAGAUGCAAAGCAAUAUUUCCUACCUGCUGUGCUAAAGUCAUAUGAUAUUUCAUCUACACAAUCUUUGCCCAAUGGUAAACCAGUUGCCCGAGCAACAAAUCUUCACAUAACUUUUAGCACUGAUUUUGUUCCUCCUGGUUUUUUCACUCGUUUUAUUGCAUCAUUUGCCAAAAAUUCAUCAUGCAAAAUUUGUUUUGAAGAAGGUGUGUUUCGAAAUCGUAUUGUUUUUCUUUUUGGAACUCCAAGUGUCAACCAGGUUACUUUCACUGAUCUUUGUACUACAAUACGAGUUAGUGUUGAGCGUUUUAUUGAUGUACCAAAUGUGCCAUUCCGUAGUACUUGCCAAGAGUUAAACAGGUUACUGGAGAAAUGUGGCAAUGAAGUAAACGAAACUCUAGCAAAUUCUUCCAAAAUAAAAAGAAGUCUUAAUUAUGAGUGUAGAUCUACUGCAUGUAAUGGAUACGAGCCUCAUUACAUUUCUCCUGCUUCAGGCCAAACUGCUGUCUUAAAUCUUUUUUGCCAGAAACGAAAAACGCAACGACAACCAACUUCUGAAGAAUCUUAUUGGUUUCCUGAACUUGAAGAAGACCAGAGUCAUGAGACAACCCAAAACGUAAUAGUACCUGAAACUAUUGAUGAAAAGGAAAUUGUUAAGAUAUCAAAGAGAGUUGGUGACAAAGCUGCUAUUCUUGCUGCAUGCAUGGAAAUGCUUCCGACUUUUAAGGCUCUCCAGCAAAGUCCAGCUCAUUGUAAAGAUCCAAUGUUUCAUCUGCUUUUUGAGUGGAAAGAUAAAAAUAAAAGUAGAGAUGAUUUAGUUGAAGCUCUUAAACUAGCUGAUCUUGACCAACUUGCUGAUCAAGUUAAAGUCUUCAACUACAGAGAUACUAGUAAAAGACUUUCUAUUGGUAGUACUCGCCAGAAUGUUGAAGACACUGAACCUAAAAAGGACACUGAAACCAAAAAAAGUGACAUAGAACGUGAUGACUUGUUGCUAUUGUCUAAUUUCUUUGAAGCUAAAGAUAUCAGAAAAAUUGUUGAAAUUUGUGAUGAUGAUUCGGGAUAUCUUCAAUCAGCAAUGGAUAAAUACAAACAUAGUGAUACACAAACCAUUGCAUUUCAAGUUCUUUAUGCUUUGGUUAGAAGAAAUCCUAGCAUUACUAAAGAAAGCCUGAAAAAGAAACUCUAUCUAAUGAAAUUUCAAGAAGCUGCUAAUAAGCUUUCAGUGCCAUCAGAAGCUACUCAGCCUGCUCAGACCACUCAGCCUACUAAAAAUUCAAGAUGCUUUUUAUUAUAAACAUUUUUUGGGUGAACUUGAAGUAUUUACUAUUAUAAUUAUUUU